CCCAACAAUUACAUUCUUCUUCCCGCCAAUUUGUACGUCUUCCGUCGUCAUUCUUCACUUAACUUUUUCUCACUCCCAAUAUCUACUAUCUUUCAUUUUUCUCUGCUCUAGAUCUGUUAUUUUUCUACCAAAUUAGGUUAAUAAUGAACGGAGAUUUCCGAAGGCGAGAUAGGAAAGAUGAUCGGAGAAGAAAGAAGCAGCAGCAAACACUUCGAAAUGCGGAGGAUGAGCUUGAAUCAAAAUUAGGGUUUGAUGUUUUUACUGAAGGCGAUAAGCGCCUUGGUUGGCUACUCACUUUAUCAUCUUCUUCGAUUCAAGAUCAGGAUAGCGGAAAUGUUUAUAGUUGCGUAGAUUUGUAUUUUGUUACUCAGGAAGGAUCUAGUUUUAAGGUGAAGUACAAAUUUCGGCCCUAUUUUUACGCGGCCACGAAAGAUAAAAUGGAGACUGAUGUAGAGGCAUAUCUUAGACGGCGGUAUGAGAAUGAAAUAGCUAACAUAGAACUUUUGGAGAAAGAAGACCUUGAUCUUAAAAAUCAUUUAUCUGGUUUACGGAAGUCAUAUUUGAAGAUAUCAUUUGACACAGUACAACAGUUAAUGACUGUGAGAAAUGACCUGUUAAAAGUUGUCGAUAGAAACCGAGCAAAGUUUGAAGCAGCUCAAGCAUAUGAGUCAAUCAUCUCUGGAAAAGGUCAACAUCGGCCUCUAGAUUUUGUAGAUUGUAUAACUGAUCUUCGCGAAUAUGAUGUUCCUUAUCAUGUUCGAUUUUGCAUUGACAUCGAUGUGAGGUGUGGACAAUGGUAUGAUGUUGGUAUAUCUAGUACUGGUGUUUUGCUUGAGAAGAGGACUGAUCUGCUGCAACGGGCUGAAGUUCAUGUCUGUGCAUUUGAUAUCGAAACUACAAAGCUUCCUCUGAAAUUCCCAGACGCUGAGUAUGAUUUGAUAAUGAUGAUUUCAUACAUGGUUGAUGGUCAAGGAUAUUUGAUUAUAAACAGAGAGUGUGUUGGGGAAGAUAUAGAAGAUCUUGAGUACACUCCAAAACCAGAAUUUGAAGGAUGUUUUAAAGUUAGAAAUGUGAAAAAUGAGGUGGAGCUUUUAAGAAGCUGGUUUUCUCAUAUGCAAGAAGUUAAGCCUGGUAUAUAUGUUACGUACAAUGGGGAUUUCUUUGAUUGGCCAUUUUUGGAACGCAGAGCAGCUCAUCACGGUUUAAAGAUGGAUGAUGAAAUUGGUUUUCAAUGUGACAAGGUUCAAGGUGAAUGUCGUGCUAGAUUUUCCUGUCACCUGGAUUGCUUUGCCUGGGUGAAGCGUGACAGCUAUCUUCCUCAAGGGAGUCAUGGUUUGAAGGCUGUUACCAAAGCAAAAUUAGGUUAUGAUCCUUUGGAGGUGAACCCUGAAGACAUGGUUCGUUUUGCAAAAGAAAAACCUCAGAUGAUGGCUUCUUAUUCUGUUUCUGAUGCUGUAGCAACCUAUUACUUGUAUAUGACAUAUGUUCAUCCUUUCAUAUUUUCCUUGGCUACUAUAAUACCUAUGCCUCCCGAUGAGGUCUUGCGGAAAGGAAGUGGUACUCUCUGUGAGAUGCUUUUAAUGGUUCAGGCGUUCAAGGCAAAUGUUGUCUGUCCCAACAAACACCAGUCUGAAUCAGAAAAAUUCUACAACAAUAAACUUUUAGAGAGUGAGACUUACAUUGGUGGUCAUGUGGAAUGCCUUGAGAGUGGUGUUUUUAGAUCUGACAUUCCGACUAGUUUCAAACUCGACCCAUCUGCAUAUCAGCAAUUAAUUGACAACCUUGACCGGGAUUUGCAAUAUGCUAUUAAAGUGGAGGGGAAGAUGGACUUGGAUAUAGUCUCAAAUUACGAUGAAGUUAGAGAUGCAAUUAAAGACAAGCUAGCUCGCUUACGAGAUGGGCCUGUACGUGAAGAGUGCCCCCUCAUAUACCAUUUGGACGUUGCUGCUAUGUAUCCGAAUAUUAUUCUAACAAACAGGCUUCAGCCUCCAUCAAUAGUCACAGAUGAGGAGUGUACAGCUUGUGAUUUCAAUCGUCCUGGAAAAACUUGUCUUCGGAAACUUGAAUGGGUGUGGCGUGGAGAAACUUACAUGGCAAAGAAAAGUGAUUAUCACCAUGUGAAGAGGCAAAUUGAAUCCGAAUUGGUGGAUAGCAUUCCCGGUCAAUUUUCAAAGUCUUUCCUUGACCUCCCCAAGGCAGCGCAACAGUUGAAGCUUAAGGAACGUCUUAGAAAAUAUUGUCAAAAGGCGUACAAACGGGUUCUUGAUAAGCCUGCUACUGAGCUUCGAGAAGCUGGGAUUUGUAUGAGGGAAAAUCCAUUUUAUGUUGAUACUGUGCGGGGCUUUCGAGAUAGAAGAUAUGAAUAUAAAGGACUCAAUAAAGUCUGGAAGGGGAAGUUAUCAGAAGCAAAAGCAAGUGGAAAUCCUAUCAAGAUCCAGGAAGCGCAGGACAUGGUUGUGGUGUAUGAUUCUUUGCAGCUUGCUCACAAAUGUAUCCUCAAUUCCUUCUAUGGAUAUGUCAUGCGGAAGGGAGCAAGGUGGUAUUCUAUGGAAAUGGCUGGGGUGGUCACUUACACAGGAGCUAAGAUAAUUCAAAAUGCUCGUGUAUUGGUUGAGAAAAUUGGUCGACCACUUGAGUUAGAUACAGAUGGAAUCUGGUGUGUGUUACCAGGGUCAUUUCCCGAGAAUUUCACAUUCAAAACAAAAGAUUCAAAGAGGAAGUUGACAAUCUCUUAUCCUUGUGUAAUGCUCAAUGUAGAUGUUGCAAGAAACAAUACAAAUGAUCAAUACCAGACUUUAAAAGAUCCAGUGAACAGAACUUAUGCAACACAUAGUGAGUGCUCAAUUGAAUUUGAAGUGGAUGGCCCAUACAAGGCAAUGAUAAUUCCAGCUUCCAAGGAAGAAGGCAUACUGAUCAAAAAGCGGUAUGCAGUCUUCAAUGAUGAUGGGACCCUUGCAGAGCUCAAAGGUUUUGAGAUCAAGCGUAGAGGUGAACUUAAGCUCAUCAAAGUUUUCCAGGCUGAGAUGUUUGACAAAUUUCUGAAUGGAUCAACAUUAGAAGAAUGCUAUGCUGCAGUUGCUGCUGUUGCCGAUCGCUGGCUUGAUCUGCUUGAUAGUCAAGGAAAAGACAUAGCAGAUAGUGAGCUGCUGCAUUAUAUAUCCGAGUCAAGCACAAUGAGCAAGUCUUUAGCUGACUACGGUGAACAGAAAUCUUGUGCUGUGACCACUGCUAAGCGCCUAGCUGAUUUUCUUGGAGAUGCCAUGGUCAAAGAUAAAGGGCUUCUUUGUCAGUACAUCGUUGCAUCUGAGCCAAAGGGUACACCAGUAAGUGAGAGAGCAAUUCCUGUUGCAGUAUUUGAGACUGAAACUGAACUUAUGAAUUUCUACGUGCGGAAAUGGUGCAAGAUUUCAUCUGAUGUUGACAUAAGAUCUAUCAUAGAUUGGUCGUAUUAUAGGCAACGUUUAAGUUCAGCUAUCCAAAAAAUCAUAACCAUUCCAGCUGCAAUGCAAAAGGUAGCAAAUCCUGUACCCAGGGUGGCUCAUCCUGACUGGCUACACAAGAAAGUUCGGGAGAAGGAAGACAAGUUUCGUCAAAAGAAGAUAAUGGAUAUGUUCUCCUCUAAGCAAGAUGCAAUGGAAAGGAUUGAUGCUGCUGCGCAUGAUGUAGAUAAUGGUAUGGGUAAUCAUAAAGUUCCAGAUUUGGAGGACUUUGGGAAAUCAGGUGGAUCGGGGGUUGGUAGUAGACCUGUUGUACAUUGUUAUGAAGCAAAUGGACAGCAUUCAUUGCAGACGACAACCUCACUUGCAAAUGUCCCCAUUUUAGACAUUGAUAAGAGUGAGGACUAUGUCGGAUGGCUGGAACAGAAGAAGCGAAAAUGGAAAGAGAACAGAGAGAAAAGGAAGAGACAAAGGCUUUCUGAUACAAAGACGUCCAAACAAGCUGCUGGUUUUUCUGAGUUAAAUCAGAGUUUGGCUAAUCAGAAAAGAAAUCUAGGAAAAAAUGGAGUUACAUCGUACUUCAGAAGGCAAGAAUUGUCUCUCACAAGCAGCUAUUGGCAGGUUUUACAGCUCGUCCCAAGUGAUAGGCCGGGUCAAUUUUUGGCUUGGGUUAUUGUGGAAGGUAGCAUGCUUAAGGUUCCAAUCACCGUUCCUAGAGUUUUCUAUCUCAACUCUAAAGCUCCUGUAACUGAAGAAUUUCCUGGGAAAUGGGUCAACAAGAUUCUUCCACAUGGACAUCGCAGCUACAAUCUGAUUGAGAUAAUAAUUGAUGAGAAAGAAUUCAGAGAAGAAAGCAAAAGACUUAUGGCUCAUUUAGCAGAUCCAGAAGUUGAGGGCAUAUAUGAAACCAACGUGCCACCAGAGUUCAAUGCUGUCCUUCAGAUCGGCUGUGUCUGUAAAGUUGAUAAAACAGCUAAAAAACGAAAUGCUCAAGCUGUCUGGAGUCUGAAUGAACUACAGAUGAAGACCACAACGGAGUGCCACUAUCUGGAUAUUUCCCUCCCUUUCUUUUACUUGUACCACAGUUAUUGUGAAGGGCGAGCAGUAUAUGGUGGUUAUUUCCCGGCGUCUAACAUGAUUUCUUUUGUUGUGGUGGAUCCUCACCAGAACAAAAGCUUGAAUCCUACAAACAUUAAGAGAUUCUAUCACGAAGCUUGUCAAGCUUUGUCUGGGGAACCUCCAAGCUCUCAAGGUGUCCUAUCAUACAAGGUGGAUUAUGUUGUUCAAAAGGAUGAAGCUGAAAAGAUCAUGCAGAAAACAAUAAGUGGACACAGGCCUCACAGUCACAGACCUGGCUUAGCUGUGAUCGAGUCUCCAAAUAUUCAUCUUUUGAAGUCUAGUAUACAAGUUCUAAAUGAACUCCCAUGUGUGAGCAUCCCAGCCAAUACUCGCGAUAGUCAAUACCCGGCUGUUGGUUGGCAAACUGUGGCUGCAAAAAUUGCACUGCAGAGAUGUGCAGCGUCAUCCCAAUGGCUGAAUGAGAGGAUUUCUCUCUCAAGAUAUGCACAUGUACCCCUGGGGAACCUUGAACUUGACUGGAUUAUUUACACUAUAGAUGUCUUCUUCUCAAGAGCUUUACGUGAUAACCAACAGGUACUUUGGAUUUCUAAUGAUGGUCGUCCAGAUCUUGGUGGCUUUGGUGAAGAUGAUACAUGCUUUGUUGAUGAGGUCAAUCAGCCUAUUUUAAUUUACCCUGGAGCGUACAGAAAGGUUUCUGUGGAGCUAAAGAUCCAUCACUUGGCUAUUAAUGCUCUUCUAAAGAGCGGUCAAAUCAAGGAAAUAGAGGGUAGUGGUUUUCAUGGUUUUGAACAAGAAACAGAUUCUGAUCUAUACACAUCGAGUGAACAAUAUGACUUUGAUGAGGCAACCUCCUGUGAACCCGCAUUUCGAGUCUUGAAACAACUAGUUCAAAGAUGCCUACAAGAUGCGAUAACAUCAGGAAAUGUUUUUGCUGAUGCAAUAUUACAGCAUCUCUAUCGGUGGCUUUGUAGCCCACAAUCGAAACUUCAUGAUCCAGCCAUAUAUAGAAUGCUUUGCAAGAUAAUGCAGAAGGUGUUUGCACUACUUUUGGCAGAGUUCCGAAAAUUGGGUGCUACAGUCAUCUUUGCAAAUUAUUCUAAGAUUAUUUUAGACACUGGAAAAGCUGGUUUAGCUGCAGGAAGAGCUUACUGUGAUAGUUUGCUUAAUGCACUACAGACAAGGGACUUAUUUGAGUGGGUUGAAAUUGAGCCACUACACUUCUGGCACUCAUUGCUUUUCAUGGAUCAGUAUAAUUAUGGAGGAAUACAGGCCAAAGACCAUGAUGAAUUUUCUGCCAGCGUAUCUGCAUCCUCUAGUACACGUUUACCUGGUGAUCUUCAAGGGGAAAUUGUUUCUAGUUGGAAUAUUGCUGAACACCUGCCAAAGAGCACUCAAGAACAUUUUGUUGUGAUGGUGUCCGAGUUCAUGUAUAAACCAUGGGAGUAUGCUCUGAAUCAUAUUGCAGAUGAAGCCAUUUUUGAAGAUGGUGACUUGAGCACACCAUCAAUAUCUGUUCCUGUAGCUGAGAAGUUUGAGGCACUUUUGAUUGAAUUUGUCAAAGAUCAGAUCAGCUCUUAUUUCACAGAGAAACUCUUUAUGCUUGUCCGUGAAAUAUUUCAUUCAAAAGAAACGAAGAAGCUGCAAAAUGAUGAUGACUUACCACAAGUGGAUCCACAGCUGACCCGGAAUGUUCAUACAGGAGAUGCUGCGUUAGAAUUUAUCAAACACAUAUGCGCUGUUUUGGCUUUGGACCAAAAUGUUCAGCAUGAUGUCCUGGUUAUGAGAAGAAAUUUGCUAAAAUUUAUCCGUGUGAGAGAAUUUGCUCCUGAAGCAGAAUUUUCUCCUCCUCCUCCGUCUUUUGUAUUACCCAACAUCAUUUGCAGCUACUGCAAUGAUGUCCGAGACCUUGAGCUGGGAAGGGAUCCGUCAUUACUGACACAGGAGUGGCGAUGUGCAGUGCCACAAUGUGGGCAGCCUUACGAUAGAGAGAUGAUGGAGAAUUCUCUACUUCAGAUUGUAAGACAGCGAGAACGGCUUUACCAUCUACAAGAUUUGGCAUGCGUCAAAUGUCACAUGGUAAAAGAUAGUCACUUGAUAGAGCAAUGUAAAUGUGCCGGUCCUUUUAAGUGUCUGGAGGACGCUUCUGAAUUCCGCAGGAAAAUGCAAGUUUUUUACAGAAUAGCAGUUAAACAAAAUUUUCAACUCUUGAGAGAAUGUGUCUCUUGGAUUCUUGAAAUUAGACAAUGUUAGCUAUUUAUUUUUACUUAGGUUGUAAAUUGUAGAAGUAUAUAUCUAAUAUAUUCCUGUAUAGAGCUAUUCAUUUUUGUAUACAUGCACUACUAAUAUUUCCCGACUCAUGUAACUUAUUUCUUCAUGUUUCUGAUUUGAAAGUAGGAUCUUUUAUGUCGUCUCAAUGUUACUAAAAAUUUCUAAGAUAAUUUCUAGUUUUAAUAUUCAAUGGUAAUGUAUAAUUUGUCACAAUGAAGAUAAUAUUUGUUAUUAAAGGCUAAUAAAAAAUAA